CGGAAGUAAACAGUAAUCACGUUACAACCCCGGAAGAAUUGCCCAUCUCUGAUUAACGUUUGAAUAGACAAGAAUGAGCAAUUUAUCUCGGGAAGAAACGAUUAGACGCGAUGCUCCAAACAUCGCACAGCCUUUGAUUGUCUUAUUUGUGUCUUAAUUUUUUUUUUUUGCGUUAAUUGGCGGAGGCGGUCGAGUGUGAGCAGCAACGCCCUGAUGCCAGCCGACCCGUCGGAGAAAAAUAUCCUCGCUCUGUUUACAAAUCGGCCGAGAGGACUUGUUUCCCCGCAGUGAAUCGUUAGCUAAUCGUGCGGUUGUGUGUUUUUACAGACGAAGAAAACAUGGCUGAACUGCAUGUUGUAGAAUCGAGUGGCACCAGCACCAUAGAGCAGCCCGAGUACCGCGACGUCCGGGGCUCCGUGCGCCUCGCUUCGCCCACUCUCAUGGUUCCUCCGCGGAGCAGCCAGCUCAGUCCCAGCGGGGUGUCGAGCGGCAGCGGCGGGCGGUCGGUGUUCGGGUUCCCGGUGAAGAGCAACCCGAGCUCCCCGUCCGAACCGGCGGAGAAGCCGGGAUCACGCUGGGUUCGGCUCAACGUCGGGGGCACCUACUUCAUCACGACCAAACAGACGUUGUGCAGGGACCCAAAAUCUUUCCUGUUCCGACUGUGCCAAGAGGACCCCGACCUGGACUCGGACAAAGACGAGACAGGAGCCUACCUGAUCGACAGGGACCCCACAUACUUCGGCCCCAUCCUGAAUUACCUUCGGCACGGAAAACUGAUCAUGGAUAAAAAUCUGGCUGAGGAAGGUGUUCUUGAGGAAGCCGAGUUCUACAACAUCGCAUCACUGGUGAGGCUGGUUAAAGAGAGGAUACGAGAUAACGAAAACCGGACGUCUCAGGGCCCUGUGAAGCAUGUGUAUCGAGUACUACAGUGCCAAGAGGAGGAGCUCACACAGAUGGUCUCAACCAUGUCGGACGGUUGGAAGUUUGAGCAGCUUAUAAGUAUCGGCUCCUCUUACAACUACGGCAACGAGGACCAGGCCGAGUUUCUAUGUGUAGUUUCCCGGGAACUCAACAACUCCACCAACGGCAUCGUCAUCGAGCCCACCGAGAAGGCCAAGAUCCUCCAGGAGCGAGGCUCCCGGAUGUGAAGAGACCCAGAUCCUGAGCUAAAUAACACAUAAUCAACAAAAACAAAACAAUAACACAAACAUUUUCUCCAGUUGUCAUCAAAAAUCCAUGAGUUUACCCCCUCCGCCUUUCUGCCAUCACCUACGCCACCCCUCCUCCUCUGGCGUGCCUUUCCACAGCGGGGGCUCCCCGACGGCCCCCUUCUCCUUUAUCGCGGGCUGUGGAACACCUCAUGGGGAGUUUAAAGGGGAAUACAAGUGAGUGGUUUUCCUCAUUGCAGCUUUUUGAUGGUCAGUGUCACUGCGGUGCGGGCUACGGUGCUGAUUGUAGCCCCCUUAUUAUUGUCAGAGGAUGGACUCCCAGCACAGAGCUACUGUAACUCAUUAUCAUCAUGUUCAUCGUUAUUUUCAACGCUAUAAACGGACAGGAUACUUCCUCUCUCUUAUCCAUUUGGCUCUGUCGACUUAGCAGAACCCUCCUCAGGACUCUCAAAGGACAUAAAGGAAUAAACUCCACUGACUGAGCCUCUCUCUUUACCCGAGAGCCCGCCGCCUCCCUCUCUGCAUCCCCAGACUCCUCGGCUGAUAUCUGAGGCUGCUCGCGGCACAACAAGCCGAGCCAGCAGGUGGAGGGAGAAGUUGCAGGCAGCGUGAAGCAGAGUCCGAUCGCUCUUUUUGAGCCAGCCGGGUGCGGCAUUUCCUCAACUCUCGAGUCUUUAGAAACACCUUAAACGAGUGAGAAACGUUCAUCGAGCAGACGCUUUCUCUUUCUGCCGCUGGAAAAUCUCCUGUUUUUGUUUUUUGUUGUUUUUUUUUUUAGCUCGGUCUGUCCUACCAGGGAGAAAAUUAGGGAUAUUGCAGCGCAAAAACAAAACAAAUGACUCAAAAAGACUAAACUACACCUGUGUACAAUUUGUCAAGGCAUGUGAGGAAUCUAUAUAAAUCUAUAUAGGCUACAUGAUGAAAUUAUAUGAAAAAUGGAAUGCAAAUGGUGUAAUUAUUGUUUUCUGUAUCAUAGCUGUCAUAUAUUUACAUAUUCUGGAGGGUGAGUCUAUUUAAAUGACGGAGAAAAUAUAGUUUUUUCAUAACCAGUUUGCUGAAGGUCUCCCACCUGGUAACAUGGAUGUGAGUAAUGUGUAUGCAGUGCCUCUGCUUUCUGUCCGUGACUGAAAUAUCACAAGUUUUUCAGCUGCACGUGUUCCUCAAAAUACGUUUUCUCUUAUGAUAUCCUACUUUGAUCUCUUGCAUAUCUUAAAAUUGUAAUUAGGGAUAAGGAAAACUACUGUCAUUGCCAUUUGUCCACACAAGCGUGGCGUGGCUCGAGUGGACUGUGGCGAAUUCGUAUGCUGCCUCAAAACCCUGAAGCACUGCUCUCACCCCAGCCUUGUGCUACUCUCACGCCAAUAUUCAUUCACUUCGCAGCUGCCUCUGUCGCCAGUCCUCAACUCAAAUGACUGUGUUGUCUUAUGUUCUGCAGCACUUGUAGCAACUGUGGCGCGAGCUGAAUUGUACUCCUCCUGAGCCUACAUUAUCACAAAAAUUUAUAUACUGUAAGUGAACCUGCCAGAUGCUGUGUCUUCAGUUUUCUGAGCUUCGUAGUGAAGCCUGCAUUUCAGAUGUUAUGUGACAUUUCAUUUCCAGCAGAUAGGUACCAGCUUGACAUUAAGUUGCCAUGUGAUAGCGCCGUUUUAAUGCCUUGUAACAACAUAGGAGCAGCAGAUAUACGAGCCUGGUUCAGACCCUCGCUGCACACACAAUAAUUAUAAGGCUAAAUAUACUCGUAUGUGUUUUGAAAUGUUUCAUAAGUGAUGUGCAAGAUAGUUUAAUGACAUUUUUUGCAGGUAAAACUGAAUUGGCUUCUAUUUUGAAAACUGCAGGGCUGCAACCUAUUAGUCAGUUAACAUAAAAUGUAUCUGCAACUGUGUUUGCUUUCAAGUGUUUUUUGCUUUUUUGUUUUAUUAUCUUUGGUUCUGGAUCUUAUAAAACAAGAGAUUUGCAGAUGUUUCCAUGGACUCUGGGGAAAAUGUGAUGUUUUGUAGACUAAACUAUUGGUUAAUUGAGAAAGCAAUUGGCAAUCAUCGUUAGUUGCGGCCCUCGCAGUCACCAAACCACAGUGCCGCACCUAUUGAUUGUUUUACAAUUAAUCAAUGACUUGUUUAAUCUUUAAAAUGUCAAAAAAAAAUGGUUUAAUUCCAAAAGCAAGCUCCUAGAGCCCGUGAUGACAACAUGUCAUGAUGGCAACUGUCAAAAUCCUUGAAGAUAUUCAACUUACAAUUAUAUUUAACAAAGAAGUAACAUUUGUUUUUUUGCCAUGUUUGCUUGGUAAAAAACUUAAAACACAGCACACAACCGUAGUUUCACCACUACACCCUAAAAGAGUACAAUGUUGACAAAUGUGAAUAUAAUGUUGUUAACUGGUGUAAAUGCAGCCCAGGUAUAUGAGCAACUUAAUGCAAAAUUGGAGCAGGUUUCCACAUAUCGGAUGGAGAAUUGAAACAUCUGGUUGUUGUGCAGACUGAACUCAUUUUAAUCACUGGCCCUAAAAGCUGGCAUUGAUCACUUUGAUACACAAUUCUUUGUACAAAGGACAUAUUUGAUGCAGUUAUGUUAUAUCAAGCAUGAACUAAAAGAAUGCGAGAAAAAAAAAGGCUACCUUGUUGUUGUCAUGCUCCAUGAACGUGUUCAGUGGGGCCACAGAGCUCAAACAUUGAUGUGACUCCUUCAUUGUUGUUGGGUUUUUUUCUUCCCUCUCGACUGUGUGUUGUGCAGUUUUAUUCUGCUACUCUGAGUCGUGAGCAGACUGCGUGCUGCUAAAAAUGCCCAAAACAUUUCACUGAGGGGAACGUUUUCUCCCUUGUUGUUCUCUGGGCCUUUGCAAAGCACCUUGAGUGUUGUUUCCCCUUCGUCUGUGUCCAGUGUUGUGCCUUUGACCUGUGUUGUGCACAGUUGUUCUUCCCUCUUAUCAUAAGGUGCCUCUCAUACCUUUAAAAAGCCAGGAGGCACUGACCUGAGGUAUAACGAAUAAUGCGGUCUUUAGCUUGUUUUUCAAAUCGUGGUGUUUCAGUGAGGGGCAAGCCAAACAAAUCCACUGUCCCCUGUGUUAUUUUAAAUGUUAUGAUACAUACCGACAAACUGAAAAUGAUUACCAGCUGAUUUCUUAGUGCCAUUGCUUUUGAGCUAAAUCCACCCACAAUCCCUUACACUCCUGGAGGUUCAAAAUUGUGUCCUAAUCUGCUGUAAACACCGGUGGUGGUUGGCACUGUGUUUACAGCACUACCAAAUGGGAGGGAAGCAGGAAGACCAGUUUCCUUCCUCUGCUUAUAUCUUAGUAAAACUCCAGCAGUGCUCUUCUCAUCGGAAACCGAUUUGACUACAAACUCGCCAUCAUUUAGCUUCUAAUUUUCUCUUGAGUUGCGUGCUGAAACCGUCUCUAAUGAUUAUUUUUUAGACGAUCAACCUUUUAAAGCACUUGCGGUACCUGUCACCUCUGUGAACCCAGUUUCAUCUUGGCUGCACAGUUCAGUGGUUCCUAAUCGGAGAGUGACUCACAAAAUAGUUUCCACAAGAUAGGAAAGCGAGACAAAACCUUCUAUAUGUUACACCGACAUAUUUCUGCUAGAGAUAUCUGCAUGUUUUUCUGUCUUUCCUCUAAUAGUAUCUUUUUAAUAGCCACGCUAGGAUGGCGGCGUCAGUCGGUCCAUCACUUUGCUCCAAACUGAAAUAUCCUGACAACAAUUGCCAUGAAAUUUUGUUGAGACAUUCAUGUUCUCCAGAGGAUGAGCUCUAAUGACUUUGGUGAUCCUCUGACUUUUCAUGUAGCGCCACCAUGAGGUCAAAAUUAAAAUUUUAAAUAAAAAAUGAAAUAUAUUUGCAAAACUAGAGACUUCCCCAUCAGUCUCAGCCGCACUUUGCUUUUAGUGCUAAGUGGCCAAACAAGAAUAGUGAACAUGGUAAAAAUUAUACCUACUACACAUCAGCAUGUUAGCAUUUAGCACAAAGCACAGCUGUCCCCUCACAGGAGCCUCACAGAGCCGCUAGCAAACCAGUAGGCAGCGUGGCUUUAGGAAUGUCUGUCGGUUUACCGCUUAAGUCCAGACUGAAAUAUCUCAACAACUAUUGUGUGCUAUGAAAGUUUGUACAGGUUUAUGACCAAAUACCUGCAAAACAAAUGAUAUUCUCAUGGGCCUCAGCUGGAUUUUGUGCUAAGGACUGAUAAAUAAAAUCUGAACAUGCUAACACACCACUAACAAAGUUAAAAUUAUAUCUUUUAACCCUGCAGACUCUUAACCUUGUUUCUUGUGAAUGACCGGAUUUACUUUUGAGAAAUGGGAGUGGGUGUCGCAGGUACACAUGCAACCUGAGACACAGACUAAAAGCUCGGGAACCACUGACCUAGCUGAACUUCGCAGUGUGAUUAUCUUAACAUUUGAAUCAAGCACCUGUUUUUCUUUUCGCCUACGCUAGUUAGUCACCAGAUAACAAAUCUGCAAAAAUAUAUAUCUCUGUUGUUUGGGCACGUGAAAACAUGAGAGCAUGCAUUGUUCUAGAGAUUACGGUGUUGUGUACAGGAUUUUGUCUGACCUCUGUGUUAGUGCAAAGUAUAUGUUAUGCAUGGUGGGGUGAGGGUGGGGGGGAGCCGAGGGGAAGGCAUGGCUCUGUGGUAUGUAGGUGUAGGUGUGUCCUGUGUGGACAAGUUGGUCUACAACUAGACACUUUCUCUACUCACAUGUUCUGUUGCUUUGUUGUUUUUGUAUCUUUGUCAUGUCAAUUUAACCAAACAGUAGAUUAAAAAAAAAAAAAAAAAACGUAGCUAGUUUUGAACACAGAUUAACCAACCAAUCAGAUUGCAGAACCCCCUCACUCCACACACACACGCAACCUUGGUUUGUAAAGCAUAUACCCACAGGUCUACACACAAAAGAGAUUUUUUUUUUUUGUUUAAUUCAUGAAUCAUUUUGCCAGUUAAUCUGUGAACACCUGCAUGCGUUUGUGAACACGCACACCUGUACACUCAUUUAGACGUAUUGAAAAUGUCACCUAUUAAUGCUUCGUAUUCAUUUAUCAACAGUAUUGAUGUCAAAUGUGAAUAUUGUCAAUGGAGACCGUGGAGAAAUGUUUGGAAGCUGACAAAACAUUUUGUUCGAUUUGCUUGUUUCACUUUUCAUUUGUUUUAUAUUUUUUGAAUUUUGUCUACCAACGUUGUUUCUUUACAUGUAACAAUUUUAACAAAACCCUGUCUGGUUUUUAAAUCAUAAAAUGUGUCUGUGUUUUAAAAGGUGGCUCGCUGCCUGUUUGUUGUUUCUGUUUACUGUGGAUUUAAUUAAACAGGAUGAACAUGCUUCAAUCAAGAACAUAA